AUGUCGUACGAAAGAUAUCCACCGAAAAAGUCACGCAUAUCGAGGGCACUCAGCAGUGGCAAGUGGUCAGACUUCACCAUCUGCUGUGGCAAGCACGAGUUCCGUGUCCACCGAAUCGUCCUGGCCGAGCGAUCGGAUUUCUUCGACACUCUCUGCUCGCAAGGGAUGUUCGUGGAGGGAGACAACGGGAGAUGCGUCCUACCGGAAGAUAACCCAAGCCUCAUAUGUCGAAUGCUGUUUGCUCAAUACGACGAUGUAUACUCCACGGAAGAUAUUUACAAAGAUUCCGAGGACGAGCCGAUUGUACAGUUUGCAGAUGUACAUGAUGACUGGAAUUGCGCUGGAGAGCCAACUCACAAGAAGGCCAUUCUUCACAUGGAGAUGUACCGGCUAGGCGAUAAGUACGAUCUGGAGAGAGUUCAGGACUACGCACUGCGCCAGUUCGUCCGGGUUCUGCACGGCGAAGACCCAUCGAACCCCGAUGUGACAGUCAAGAUUGACGAAAGCCGGGUUUCGAGCAUGAAGCAUAUUGUCGAAGCUGUAUACGAUCUCGAUAUUCCGACGGCGAUGGUUCUGCGCGUUCACUUGCUUGAGAUUCUUCACGAGUGGAUUGACCACUAUGAUGCAAUGCAGAUCAAAGCGUUUCGCGAUCUUCUUCAACAGAUUCCACGAGUCUGUUGUGACUUCAUGCUCUUUCCGAUGAGCGAGGUGGAAGCAGUCUGUAGGAGCAAGCACUGCGGAAAGCGGCGACGGGUAAUUGUUGGAGAAUGCGCAUGCGGUCACAGGUCACGCUGCGAAGAUCACGAAUGUCAACAUAAAUGGGAGGCUGACUCGGUUUGUGGUCGUUGCUUCAAACUUGGGAAGAUGAAAUACCCGCACGGCGGCUGGUAG